GUCGAGAACCACUAUUUUAAAUCCGUAGCGGGGUCCAGAAAGAUAAUCUGUGAUGCUUAGGAAAACAUUCCUUAAGGCUGAUAAUCUGCAUCACCAUGUAUUUUAACGGACUAUGACCGCCCCCUCCAGUGACAGACAGCCGAACGGACUGCCCGGUCUGCCACUCCACGGAUAAUCGCAAAGGACAUUAUAUCUGCAUGAUGAAUUCCGCAAUGGUUUACAUAUCAACCUUCCUCCUCUCUCUUCUUCUCUUCGCUGCAUCUUCUCUCGUUCCUCCACGAACUCUCCGACAACUCCUCGUCUUCGCGUUCAUCCUCUCUCUUCCGUUCCUGACCAGCUCUCUUAUCACCUUAGCGGUCAACCAUUACACUCGUUCGCGAGCCAGAAGCACAACCAGCACACAACGCCUACAUAUGUCUUUUUGACACCCGCAUUAAAGACUACCGACAAACAAAUCGGCGUGGAGACAACCGGCAUGAACCCAGUAUUGCAUGGAGUCUGUCCAGGCGGCGAUCGAUCGCCCCUCCACCCGCUUCGGGCUAGGGUCUUGGCUUUUCUUUGGUGUCCGAGGUGUGGACCAGUUUGAUUGGCGCCUGGUACUCUGGGGUUAUCUGUUGUCUAUCUCAAUUGUGAAUAUUUAUGUCGGUUUUUGUUUUGUGGUAUUCAUUGGCGGUGUAGGGGUAGUGGAGAGAAUUAUGGAGUUAGGAAUAUACUCUAUUCGUAUAUUCCGAUACGAUCGCCUGCCUGGCUCAGAGGUUUCAGGCUUUACUCAGGCCAUAGUGUCUCACGGAAGUACACGAGAGAGGAAUUAUGCAUGUCGAGAAAUAGAUUGUAUACUGGGCUCUGAUACAAUAACACUGAGUCUCCAUAGUGUCUUACUCAUAAUAGUAUUCAGCGCCCGUACUGCUCCUUCGCA